CCAGCCAGGCGAGCCCCAGCAUGGCACAGCAUCCCGUGCUCUGGCUGGUGGCCCUGCUGUGGCUGGUGCUUGGGGCAGGGGGCUCAUCCUCCUGCUGGGACCCCCGGGGCCAGCCCCGCCGCUGCAUGCCCGUCUUUGAGAACGCUGCCUUCGGCCGUGCUGCCCAGGCCACCAACACGUGUGGUUCACCCCCGGAGGAAUACUGCCUGCAGAUGGGUGCCCGCCACGCCAGCGCCCUGUGCCACCGCUGCGAUGCCAAUGACCCCCAGCACCACCACAACGCCUCCUUCCUCACCGACUUCCACAGCCAGGAGGAGAGCACCUGGUGGCAAAGCCAGUCCAUGGCCUUUGGCAUCCAGCACCCCAACUCCGUCAACAUCACCCUCCACCUGGGCAAAGCCUAUGAGAUCACCUACGUGCGGCUGAAGUUUCACACCAGCCGCCCCGAGAGUUUUGCCAUCUACAAGCGCAGCCGCGUCGACGGGCCCUGGGUGCCCUUCCAGUACUACAGUGCAUCCUGUGAGAAGACCUAUGGGAAGCGGCAGCGGCUCUACCUGCGCCCCGGGGAGGAUGAGCAGGUCGCCUUCUGCACCGAUGAGUUCAGUGACAUCUCCCCGCUCAGUGGGGGCAACGUGGCCUUCUCCACCCUGGAAGGACGGCCCAGCGCAUACAACUUCGAUGGAAGCCCCGUGCUGCAGGAGUGGGUGACCGUCACUGACCUGCUCAUCUCCUUGAACCGGCUCAACACAUUUGGGGAUGACAUCUUCAAGGACCCCAAGGUGCUGCAGUCAUACUACUAUGCCAUCUCUGACUUCUCCGUUGGUGGCAGGUGCAAAUGCAAUGGUCACGCCAGCGAGUGCGCCCCGGACGAGGCCGGGCGGCUGGUCUGUGUGUGCCAGCACAACACAGCCGGCACCGACUGCGAGCGCUGCCAGCCCUUCCACCAGGACCGGCCCUGGGCCCGCGGCACCGCCGAGGCUGCCAACGAGUGUCUGCCUUGCAACUGCAGCGGCCGCUCGGACGAGUGCUUCUACGACCGGGAGCUGUUCCGCCGCAGCGGGCACGGGGGGCACUGCCGCAACUGCCGCGACAACACGGAUGGGCCCCACUGUGAGCGCUGCCGACCCAACCACUACCGCUGGGAGCCGCAGGCAGCCUGCCAGCCCUGCCACUGCCACCCCGCGGGCUCCCUGCAGCCGCAGUGUGACAGCUCGGGGACCUGCCUCUGCAAAGCCAAUGUGACGGGGUGGAAGUGUGAGCGCUGCAAGGAUGGAUACCACAGUCUCAGUGAAGGUGGCUGCAGACCCUGUGCCUGUGACCCAGCAGGCAGCGUGGGCUCCUGUGACCCCAACACGGGGCAUUGCACUUGCAAGGAGAGGGUGGAGGGACACUUGUGCAACAGGUGCCAGCCAGGCUGGUUCAACCUGCAGCCCCACAACCCUGCCGGCUGCACCAGCUGCUUCUGCUAUGGCCACUCCACUGCCUGCACGGCAGCAGAUGGCUACGAGGUGGCUCAGGUCCGCUCUGACUUCAGCCAAGGGCUGGAGGGCUGGGCUGCUGCAGCUCCGGGUACCACAGACCUGCCGCUGCACUGGGCUGAUGGGGAGAUCAUCACUGAGUGGGAUGGAGAGGAGCCCGUGGAUUUUCUUGCACCAGAGAAGUUUCUGCAGAACCAGCGUCUCAGUUACGGGCAGCUCCUGUCCGUGCUGCUGGGAGUGGAGGGGAUGGUGAUUGAGACUGGGGUGCCCCUGCUCCAGGUCCAGCUCGUGCUGGAGGGCGAGGGGCUGGAGAUCACCAUGUCCAGCAGUGAGAGCCAGCCCCAGCACGGAAAGCAGGCUGUCACCUUCAGGCUGCACGAGGCAGAGGAGGGUGUGGAGCCUUCACUGUCGGCCUUCAGCUUCCAGCGCCUGCUCUCCAACCUGACCGCCCUCCGCCUUCGUGUGAACCACGUCCCUGGGCAAGGCAGGCUGUGCCUGAGCGAGGUCCAGCUCACAUCCGCGCGCCCCGGGCCAGGAGCAAGGGCAGGCUGGGUGGAGGAGUGCUCGUGUCCUGCGGGAUACACCGGCCAGUUCUGCCAGUCCUGCGCACCCGGCUUCAAACGCGAGAUCCCCUUCGGUGGUCCCUUCGUCAGCUGCGUGCCCUGCGCCUGCAACCAGCACGGGGACUGUCACCCACUUUCAGGGCACUGCCAGUGCUUGCACAACACAGAAGGUCCCUCCUGCGAGCGCUGCAGCCCUGGGUUUUACGGCAACCCCUUCAUAGGGCGUUUUGAUGACUGCAAACCAUGCCCCUGCCCCGACAGCUCGCCCUGCACUGAGGUGCCCAGCACCGGGGAGGUUGUCUGCACCCACUGCCCGUCGGGGCAGAGAGGAAAACGCUGUGAGCUCUGUGAUGAUGGAUUUUUUGGGGACCCCCUGGGGCAGAGGGGACCUGCGCAUCCCUGUGUUCCCUGCCAGUGCCAUGAGAAUGUGGAUCCCAACGCUGUGGGGAACUGCGACCCCGUGUCCGGCCGGUGCCUGCGCUGCCUGUACAACACGACGGGCGAGCACUGUGAGAGCUGUCGGCCGGGCUUCUACGGGGAUGCGCUGGCUGCAAAUCCUGCUGGGAAGUGCUCAUCUUGUGAUUGCAACCCUGAUGGCUCAGCCCCAGGGCUGGAGGGCUGUGAUCCCAGCUCAGGCCAGUGCCACUGCCUCCCGCACGUGACAGGCAGAACCUGUGGGCUCUGCCAGCCCGGCUACUACAAUCUGCAGCCCUCUGUGGGGUGCAAGAGCUGCCAGUGCCACCCGAUGGGGUCGCAGGACAGCGGAUGCCAUGCGCUGACAGGGCAGUGCUCCUGCCAGCCGGGUGUCACAGGGAAGCAAUGCGACCGGUGCCAGCACGGCUUCUUCGGCUUCUCUGCCAGGGGCUGCCGAGCCUGCAACUGCUCGCCGCUGGGCUCCGUCACGCCGCAGUGCCAUGAGAACAGCACGUGUCUGUGCCGCCCCGGCUUUGUGGGCUACAAGUGUGACCGGUGCCAGGCCAACUUCUUCCCCGACCCAUCGAGCUCCCGCUGCCAGCAGUGUCCUGCCUGCUACGGGCUGGUGAAGGAUGAGGCAGACCAGCUGAAGGCCAGGCUGCAGGAGAUGGAGGAAUGGCUGCAAAAACCAGGCUGUGAUGCACGCCUGGGCCAGUCCAUCAUGAUGAGAGAUGCGCCCCGGGGAGAUGGGCUGCCCAGUGCUCACCUCCUGCAAGGUGCCCGGGCCAUCCUCUUGACGCAGGUAGGGAGGCUGGCAGGGGCGCUGGGCACCGCGCGGGGCCGUCUCAGCAACGCCAGCCAAGCCAGUGGCUGCUCCGGGCACGGACACCCCAAGACCUGCACCCUGCUCUUGGAGAGCGGGGCCGCGCUGCAGUCGGCACAGCGGGAGAUCCUGCAGGCUGCGGACACCCUGGCUACCAUGGAGAUUCCCCAGGAAAUCCCUCAGCAGCCCACAAACUGGAGCCACCGGGCGCUGGAGGCGCGGGCACUGGCCAUGAGCCAUGAGGACGCCGUGGUCCAGGUGGAGGUGGUGGUCAGGAGAGCGCUGCGUGCCUCCAACGCCAGCUCCGAGCUCCUGCGGAGCCUGCUGGAGGGGAAUGCGACACAGGAUGUGCAGCGUGAGCUGGAGGCCGGGUAUGAGGAAAUCCAGCGGGCACGGGAUGAGCUGGGUGCUGAUGUGGCUGAGGUGGCAGCAGAGGCCAGGAGAGCUUUCACAGCCCUGCAGCAGGGGAAUGCAGACAUGGCUGAGAAGCUUCUGCAGGUGUCUGCAGUGGGACAGCAGACACUGCUGGCUCAGGCUGGAGCCCUAGAACAGGACCUGGCAGCGCUGGAGCAGGAAGUGGAGCAGCAGGAGCCAUCGGCUCUGCAGGCCAUGGAGGCAUCCCGUGCUCUGGCUGCCGGAUUGCGCCGGGAGCUGCAGAGGACUCGUGGCUUCAAGCAGCUUCAGGACCAGGCUGGCUCUGCCCAUGGCACAGCCACCUCGGCCAUCUCACAUGGAAAAGCCGUGCUCUCCGAUGCAGAGUCCCUCCUGGCCAGCGUGGAAGGCAUGAGGAAGGUGCUGGGUCAUCGGAAAGGCCAGGCUGCCCUGCACAGGCGGAUGGCACUUGUGCGGGACAGGACAAUGGUGGAGGCCCAGAGGAAGAUUAAACAGGCAGAGAAGACACUGGGAAACUCCUUAUCCAUCUCCACCGCAGCCCGGAGGACAGCCGGGGAGGCUGAGCAAGUCGCUGGGGAGAGCGCCAAGAGGGCACGGGCUGUGCUGCAGGAGAGCAAGCAUGCCCGCAAGCGUGCCAGCCAGCUUGCUAUACGUGCCAAUGAGACCCAGCGGGAGCUCUCCCGGCAGGAGCAUGUGGCUGAGAAGCUCAGGAGGGACCUGGAGGAAGCACAUCAGGUGGAGACAGAGGUGAGUGAGAUAGCAAAAAGUCUCCAAGAAGCGCGGAGCUCGCUCAUCGCCGACAUCGAGACCCUGAAUGACCUGCUGCAGAGCCUAGGCAACCUGGAGCCGGCCGUGCCGGUGGACGCGGUGCUGAGCGCCGGGCGGCUGCGGCUGCAGCGGCUGCGGCUGCGUGUGGCUGCACCGGGUGCCCUGGCUGGGCAGCUCAGCCUGCUGCAGCAGGAGGCUGCACGGCAGCAAGAGAAGAUCCAGGCGGUGGAGAACGACCUGGCUGAGAUCCAGGCCGACAAGCAGAACCUGGAGGACAUCCUGCGGAGCCUCCCCGAGGGCUGCUUGCAGUGGCAGUGACAGGUCCGUGGCUACUGCUCCGUUACAUCUGUGCCGCCUGCAGAGCGAAAGACACCCUGUGUUCACCAGCAUCGAUCCCCCCACUGCUCUUCAUGCUGUUCUCCAUACAAUAUCACAGCCCAGGUCUUUAUUUGCACCAGUUCAGGCUCAGCAUCCCGUGUGCUUUGUGGUGCGACUUUGGCCACCAGCUCUGUCCUCAGGGCAUGGGGACAACCAGCUACCAGUGACCACCCAUGUUCCUGUGCAGGAUAUGGAGCCAUCACAAGGUUGGUCUCUCACCAGGGAGUGAACAAAGAACUGUCACAGAUCUCCAUGCUAGACACAUCCCUCCAUCUGUCCUGCCACAAGGGAGGGACAGCUUAUCAAGUAUGUAACAUACCAAAGCUUCAGCCUCUCCUGCCCCAGGAGAUAAGAGAGGCUGUUGAAUGCAUGCUGGAAGAGGGUCCUGCCACACAGCACCCUGCAGUGUGAUACUCACAGGCUGUGGUCACAGAGGUGCAAAGAUGAAUCCUGGCGAAGCCAGGCAGAGAGUCCCAGCUGUCCUGUCCCAGCUCCGCUUGGCUCGGUGGAUGUCACCAGCUCUGGCUAUAAAGCAGCCCCGUUGCUGGCAGUGCCAGGGCUGGGUGGCAGAGCAAUGCACUGGGCAGGAGGGGGCAGAGCUGACACUUGCAGCCCUGCAUCACCACCUGCACACCCUCCCCACUGCAGCAGGGCCGGCUGUGGCACCAGGCAGCGCAGUGGGGAGCAGCAGGACACGGUCAGCUCCUGCCAGUGUCACUCCCACAGGGUGGCAGAGGUCGGUGGCUGUGUCUCCUUUAAAGGAAAGGCAUGUAUGUCCACCCCGCACUCCCAUGCGGCUGGGCCCGGUCCUUGCUCAGCCCACCCGGCGCUGGCUGCAUCCUGACUCCAAGUAGCAGUUGAAGGCACUCCCAUCAGACCAGAAAUGAGCCCCCAGGCUGGAGCCCACUUCAAUUUUUAACCUGUUUUACCUGUUUUCUUCUGCUCACAGUGCUGGAAAUCAGGUUUGCUAAAGUCUUUUUGUAAAGCUAGAUGUGUAUCUGCUGCCACAGACAUUGGAUCCCCCAGUGUCAUCUCUGGUGGGUUCAGUGGAAAGGACACAGGAUUCUCCUACCAGGAAGAAACCCAUCUCCCUCCUACUACUACACAAAAGCUGCCCAAGGAGUGGGGUGCCAGACCUGCAGCACUGCAGGAGCGUAAAGGCAGGGACUCCCCACUUGCUGCCCAAGAACAGUUCUGCAAAGCAGAACCACACAGCAGCAAGAGCACAGUGUGGUUCAGCUUGGGCGAGAAGCAGGGAGCCACAGCCACAUACCAUCUCCCUGGGAUAACGAUUACACAUCUCCAAUCCCCACACCGAUUUGCUGCUGUUACAGAAAUGUCAAGCCUCUGCCUUGUGCCUGCUGCUGAAAUAUGGUUCAUCCUCCCUUUCUGGUCUCCUUGGAACUCUGUUUUAGCUGGUGACACCUGCCUAGAGCUGUAUCCAUUAAAAUUUCUUAAUAUAAUA